AUGUCAACACCUCUCAAAAACGAGGAAGCCUUGACAUGCCAUGUCACUAGGCGUCCCACAAGAAUAGAAGCGCCUCUUUUCAGCGGGAGUGCACUGCCCUGCCCUGAGACAGUGGGAGUCGGGGCAGUGAGCAAACAGCCGGGUGACCUCUGGCAGGCCAGAAGCUCGUCUGCAUACCUCCCCGUGUGUGCUCAGGCUCAGCCACAGAAAUACCCAUAUCCCGUUGUAAAAGUGAAAGUAACUUCAGCAUUCCAAGCCUGCAGCGCCGGGGAACUCUCCCCGGCCUCCCCAGCACGCCGGGUGACGGCGGGGCCGCAGCGCCCGUGCCGGGUGCGCUUCACAUCACUCCGAGCAUCACUGGGGCUGAGCCAGCGCCGAGUAGCACAGCGAGGGGCCUCCCGCCAGCAGGGACCACGCGUGGGACGGAAACAAAUCCCACGGAGAGCGGCAGGGAAAGGCAAGGGAGCGGACUCGGGCAGCGGGAGAAGCGGUGUGAGCGGGCGGCACCGGUCGCGGGAGGGCGGCAGGCACCGAGAAGCGCUCGCUGACACCGGGAGCGCCAGGCAGCGCCGUACCUACCUCGGGCAGCGGGGCAGCGGGAGGCACGGCCGGACAGUCCCGACCCCUCCUCCGGCCGAUGUCCAGCGGCGCCACCGCCCCGCGCGGCAGCCAACCGCGAGCCGGCCGCGGGAUACACCUCCCGCACCGCCAAUGGCCGGGACACGGCGGCGUCAUUUUCGCCGCAACCACGCCCGCCCGGCGCCCCCCGUUCCUGCAAGGCCCAGCGCUUCAAGGAAAUGCAUGGAGAGAAUGUUCUUCUAGGGAAAUGAAGUUCCAGGCUGCGCCAAAACAAUCAGC